AUGUUUCAAGCGGACUCACAGCAGCAGCAGCGACACUCGACCACUUCCUCUCACCCAGUCAACACGUCGAGAAAGCCGUUUGGACGCUUUCUUCAUGUGACGGAUCUGCAUCCUGAUUCGCACUACAAGCACGGUGCGGCCGUCAAUGCAGCGUGUCAUCGCAAGAAGCCGAAAAAGAACAAGCCGGAUGGGAAGCUGCGUGCCGGAUGGUGGGGAACCGCGCUGACCGACUGCGAUUCGCCGCCUCGAUUGGUCGAGUCGAGUCUCACCUGGGCUGCUCGUAAUCUUGUUCAACCUGCAUCCAUCAACGCUCAAGAUGCGAAUACGACGUCAUCACUAUCGCCAUCAAGCGCAGGAGGUUUGGGACUGGACUUUAUCAUCUGGACUGGUGACUCUGCCCGUCACGACAACGACAACGAGGUUCCUCGAUCCAACAAGGAGAUCUUCGAUCUCAACAGGUGGACGCUGCAGCAGCUCGAGACCGCUUUCCCAGGUGUGCCGCUCGUUCCUACCGUGGGCAACAACGACAUCUUCCCACACAACAUCCUCUUCCCCGGACCCAACGCGGUGACGAAGGAGUACGUGCACAUUUGGCAGGACCACAUCCCCGAAUACGAGUUCCACACGUUUGAACAAGGCGGCUACUACGUCAAAGAGCUCCUCCCUAACCGACUCGCUGCCAUGAGCCUCAACACGCUUUACUUUUACGACAACAACAAAGCCGUCGAUGGGUGCGUCAAGACCAAGCGCGGCAAAGGCAAAGACGUCGACCCAGGAACAGCCCAGUUAGACUGGCUCGAGGUGCAGCUGGAUCUGUUCAGGAAGCGCGGGAUGCAGGUACACUUGUUGGGGCAUGUGCCGCCGACAGCGGGCAACUAUUUCGAGCGAUGCUAUAGGCGGUAUACGGACAUCGUGCUCAGGUUUCAGGAUACCGUAGUUGGGCAGCAUUUUGGACACAUGAACACGGAUGCAUUCUUCAUCCAAGAGGACGAGGAGGCUGCGUACAACCAGCGAGGGGAGCAGCAGCCGCAGCAGCAGCGUAAAGUGCAUGUGAUGGAGCAAGGGCUGCCAGGGGACUUGAAGCAGGACUACUCUACGCUGCCGGGUAAGGGUAGGACAAACGAGGAUAUGUAUUCGGUGUUCUACAUUGCGCCGAGCAUUAUCCCUACCUUCUACCCUUCGAUUCGGCUUUGGACAUACAACACGUCGGAAGAGGCGCGGUACGUUGCCGAUGUCGCGGCCGGUGCCAGUGCUUCUAGCUUACAAGCAGGAGAGGCUGCGUACGACGAUGACGACAGCGAUGAUGAUAGCGAUGAUGAGGACGAGGUAGAGGAAAAGGAUGACGACGACUCGGAAUGGCGCAUCAAACCGCUCUCGCGCCACCACCAUCGCCCAACACCACCCAAGAAGCGCAAAGGCAAGAAACAUCGAAAGAAGCGCGGCAAGAAGCUGCCGCGCCAUGCAUCGCCCGACUCGCCAUCCCGAACCAACACGUACCUCAGCCUCUUAGGCUACAGUCAGUGGGUGAUGGACAUUGACGAGCAGAAUGAGGCGAUCGAAGCAAUCCUGCAUCCCAAGAAGAACGACCGCCAGAUGGCCGCAUCGUCAACAGCGCUCAAAGAGGACAAAAAGAAGAAGAAACACAAGGACGAAGACAAGGAGAAGGAGAGGAAGAAACGACAGCACGAGGCGGAACAGAUUCAGGUCGAGUACCGCCUAGAGUACGCCACGUAUUCGCCGGAAGCGUUGUGGUCCGAAUUCGACCCUACGUCGUCCAGCGGCGCGGUGGCACCGGUUCCCAAGUCGCUGCUCGAGAAGGAACUGCGUCGAGCCGGUCUGGAAGAGCCUUUCGUCAUGUCUUCGCAUGAGGAGGAGGAAGACGAAGUUGAGCCCAACAAGAAGAAAGGUAAACCAACGCGGAAGCUCGCCAAGCCACUGCGCAAGUUUACCGACUACUCGUUGGGGUCAGCUACCGUUGGGGAAAUGAUGAAUCUGGCGAGAAAGUUGAUGGUGGACCAGAAGCUGUGGGGGCGUUUCAAGAGGAGAAUCUACUCGGAAUGUGGGUGGGUGCCCUGA